GGAGGAUCAACAAUGGACCAGGGUCUGAGUCAUUAUCAGUACAAGUGACAAGACCACGGUCAUCGCUUAUCAGACGCCCCUGAGCCUUACCCGUUGGAACAUCGCAGAGCACGAGCGGAUACUCUGUGACGUCAACAUGGCUAACCUGCUCAGCAUCCUCCUGCAGAGAAGUGACCCCUCCUACGGCUGGGGGUUCGCGGUUCGUGGAGGCCUUCAGGACGGCACCCCCCUCACCAUCCACCAGGUGACGCCGGGCACUCUGGCCUCUCAGUACUUGGCUCCUGGAGACACAAUCCUUCAGAUAGAGAAGGUCGACUCCCGUAUCCUGACUCUUCACCAGGUGGAGUCUCUAGUCAGACAGCCCAAGAAGAGCCUGGAUCUGCUGAUCCUCAAGGGUAAUGGAAUCGUCCAGCCGCACCCUUCCGCUUCCAGCGUGUCCCCCGGGAGCCAGAACUCUGCCGAUUCUGGAGUCCCCGGAAGCUCCUGGAGCGAGAGAGAUCCUCGGGCGAGGAAGCAAAACUAUUGGGAGCGAGUGAGCGCUGAUCCUCCGGACUUGUGCAGGGAGGGCUUCACGAGACUAGAGACCGGUGGCAACAGUCCGUACAAGACCAGGUCGCCGAGACUCCACAGGAGGUGCCAAUCGGAGGAGAAGUCCAAUGCCAAGUGGGAGGAUAACUACUCUUCAGUAUACUCCAGCAGCAGCGAACGUGACAGGAAGAUUUCUGAUUCAAGUUUUUACUCCAACACGAUCCGCAGCAUCUGGAGUCCCACUCCGUCAGAAUCAAUGAAGACACCGAACUCGGACUUCUGGCCUGAUAAGGUCGGUGGCAGACGCCAAGGUGACGUCACUUUCUGGGAGUAUACUCCGGACACGCAGAGUCGAGCGUCCAGUUCAGGUAGAACGGAGAGUCUGAACAGGUCGUAUAGAAGGCAGAAUUCCGACUAUAGUUAUCACUCAUCUCGAAUCUCAGAGGAUGCUGCGACGCCAAAGUCCGAAUUCACAUCACCGUUUGACGCCAAAGGGUCUUCCAUGAGAAAGCCUUCUGACUAUUGGGGAGACCACUACAGAGAUCAGCAGGGUCGGAUUCGCUUCGAUAGGCUGACAUCUCCCUCGAGGGACGUGGCCAACGUUUGGAAGAACACAAACAUUUCGACUAAAACGGAAUUCAAACAGAGCACUUCAAUCAGCGAGAAAUCCUACUCGAGCGCUGAAGGGACGAAGUCGUUUGAGACAUACGAGCACCUCAACAAAACCAAAGAAACGGAGAAAUCCUCGAAGAGUGUCGAUGGUGGCAAAGAAGAAGUGGUCGAAAAAACAAAGAAGAAUAAAGAAUACGUUUUGGCCAAUAAGGAUGAGAUUGACGGUCAGCCCCAAGAGUCUAAAAAGGUAGUUAGCGACUUCAAGAUAAUCGAAAGAGUUAUGGAUGGCGACCACGAGUAUUGCAACAAGGUGAAGGAACGAUCUGAAGAAGUUACCAACUCAUCGACUCCUGUCAAUUUCUACGACAAUGUCCAGCAGCAUACAGUCGAGGGUCCGGAGAUCCAGAGAGCGGAAUGGUGUAACCAUUCAGUGAAUCGACAUAAGGAAGUGGGUAUCGUAGGAAAGGAAGGUUCCAAAAGUGCUGAGGAAGGAACUGAAGUCGAUUCUUCAACUUCUUCGCCGAUCUUCAAGAAGGACCCCAAUCAAACCAAUUGGGCGAACUCUACGCCGAUUCCGGACGCGGGUUAUGUGUACCAACAGGAGGGGCCUCUGAUGGAAAAUUACUUCGAGGUGGAUAUCCGCUCGCCAGUAGAAACUCAAAUCACAUUUGCUUCUUCUGAAGAUUCAAGAAGACAAUCCAGUCAAAUAUCAGGAGGAGGAGGUAGUCCCAUUCCAGUUUCCCCUCAAGGGGACACACAAACAGCACCACCCCCUUGCCCACCUGCCCCACCCCCACCUCCACCACCAGGUAUUCCAGGCUCUAUACCUGCAGUGCGACUGUCCACUGAGAUCCCUGAUAAAAGACGAUCAGCCUAUGAGCCUCCUGCUGCAAUCCAGAACGCAAUGAUGACGAAAGACAAGAAACCCUUCACCUACACCCCAGGUGGGCUGGAUCUCUCAGAAAUCCGGUCCCCUAGGAUGGCACGGAGGAUAAGCCGGAAUGCAAAUGCUCCUGACUUGGCCCCCUGUCCACCGAAGCCUUCUCCUCUCUCCAACCAGCCCUUACCCCCCUCAGCAGUAGCAGCCAUGCAACCCCAGAUAGCCAUCCCUGUGCUUCCCCAACCAGGGGCAACUCCUCAGCUGCACCAUGUUACUCCCGGUGGUUAUUCAGCACCUCCCCCACCACCUCCACCCCUCAGUCAUCCUGUAUCACCACCAGUACAAUCUCUGUCUUCCCCUCCUCCACAACCCUCUUCUCCACAGAAGAUACCACCUCAACCACCUUCUCCUCAGAGAGUAUACAACCGCCAGCCCUCCCCACCUCCGAUGGCCGUCCCAAAACUUCAACCCCAACACAGACACUCAAAGAGUGAACCUCAGUCCACCCCUGGAAGUAUAUAUGUGCCUCCUAUAGAGCCACAGCAGCCCAGGUCUCAGCUAGGAUCUCUGUAUAUCCCUCCAUUGGCUCCUCAAGAACCACCCAAACCUCAGUCUCCGGUUCCGGUGAGCCAGUUGAACAAGGCACCCACACCGUGGAUGUCUCGGCAGACUCAGCAGGCACAAAAGGAGGUUCCUCCUUGGGUCAACAGAGAUAAUGUCCAGAGUCCCCAGCCUCAGCAACAAACAAGCCCGAAUUCUCAGCAGACUCAGACACGAAUUAUCCCUAUUCAGAUUGAGGGAUCGUCUGGUUCUUCUCAGCCAGUCACAAGAAUAAUUCCAAUUCAAAUGGAAGGGACACCUUCACCACAACACACACCAGCUCAGCCCAACUUUAACCAGCAGCCACAGUAUCAGCAGCAGCAACAGCAAUAUCAGCAGCCACAGUAUCAGCAGCAACAAUAUCAGCAGCCACAGUAUCAGCAGCAACAAUAUCAGCAGCCACAGUAUCAGCAACAUCCAGUGUAUCAGCAGCAGCAGUCCUACGAACAGCCGAACCAAGGAAGAAAUACGCCCAGAUGGAUGAACCAACAACCGAUUUAUGUCCACAACAAGUUCAACCCUGGUACACAGUCUCCUGUACCAUCUGAGCAGAACCACUCAGAUAGUCAGCCUGGUUGGAGACAUUCGCAAACAAAUGGAACUGUACAAUCUCCUCCAGCUCCUGUGCAAUCACGAUCUUUCAAAGUGCUCGAGAAAAUCCAUGGUUCAGACAAUGGUGGAGUAGAUCAAAGUGAUGCUCCGUAUAACAGCCAAGGCGUGCCUCUCAGCCAGCUGCGCAAGUUGCAACUCUCAGAUGAUGACCGCGCACUCAUGAACAAAGUCAAAUCCCAAGUUGACGAUGAAACAUAUCUCCACAACGAAUCCGAUCCGAGGUACAGAGGGUCUGCGAUUCCAUCAAGAGCCUUUCGGAUACUGCAGACUAUGACUGACAGUGCGGGAGAUGACACGGAGGUACCCCAAAUGUACAGUCCCGUGCAGCAGAAUCAGAACAGGCUCUCUAUGAACCGAACCCCUCAACCUGAUGCCCCGCAGCAGUACAUACCUCCAUCGGAACAACAAGCUCCAGAACCCCGCAAGUAUAUGGGUGGGGCCAUCCCCUCCCGGUCUUUCCGUGUGUUGCAAGCCAUGACAGCAGGUCAUGAGGCUCCAGCGGUAAUGUCAGACGGACGGAAAACACCGCAAUUUUGUAGUGGAGGAGAGGCUAUGUGGGCUCCUAAUGGUUAUCCUUACCCUCCUCCUCCUCCUGAUCCUAACUAUUAUUACUACCCUCCCAACUAUCCCCAAACUCCAGAACAGCAACAGCAGUUUUGGGACCAUUACAAUGCCAUGUGUUCUUACAUGGCUGAAAUGAAUCAGAACUAUGGGUACUCUCCUUACGGUUACCCUCCCCACCUUUACACUCCACCACCCCAACCACCACAACAUUUACAGUACACGAGUGACUCUGAUGAAUGUGGUUAUUCCUCUACAGAUGAGAUGAAUUAUUAUGCAGCUUAUUUCAAAAAAUACCCUCCACCAAUUCAGCCCUACAGGGGAUAUUAUCCAGAACAUCGCAAUCAGACUCCUCAGAUCAUCAUUACUCCUAGUCAAAUGAAUGAAAAUGGUGGAUACAGUAGUGAUUUUGUGUCAGAUUCAGAAAGAGAGGAAAAAAUGAGUCAAGAUUCAAAAUCUAUAAACUGUUCACCCAGUGUGAAUGGGGACUCUGGAGAGACAACAACUGAUGAUGGGUCUGACACAGAGGUAGAGGAUGAUAAUGUGCAAAGGCCACAAGGUUUGCAAACCAUUAAAUCAGUUCCAGAUAUUAGGAUCUAUAAAGAUUCUAGUACCUCUGAUAUUCAGUCUCAAAAUUCAGAGACUGAUGAUCCUGAUGAGGAGGAAGCCAAUGAAGAAGAAGAGGAAGAAGAAGAAUUUGCAGAUCAAGAUAGUAUUCCUCAUCAGCUAAGUGUUAUAUUUGAAGAGAGUGAACAGUCAGAAAGUGAGAGUAUAAAAAAAGUCAAACAAAAAGAGGUAGAUGAUUUAGAAACAAGUGAAAAUGAAAGUUCUACAGCUACUCUUGACAACGGUGAUGAUACAGAUGAUGAUUUGGUUGACCCUGAGUCCUCCAUGGUACUUGUUAGGUUGCCUUUAAAACUUAAAUUCAGUAAAACUGAAAAUGAUGAAGAAGUAACUACAGUUAUUGUUGGAGAUAGUGAAAUAAAGUCAUCCAGUUCGGAAGAAGAAAUUAGAGAAGGGGAUCUGAUUAUUCAAGAAAUAAACAGAGUUGAAGAAGAGGAACCUGAAGUUUCAGUUACCUUCACAAUACCUAAAAAGAAAUCUAUAUUAUCUGAGGAAACUGUUUCUCAUAGUUUGGAUGUAAAAGAUGACAGACAUGGAGUGGAUGUAAAUAAAGAUAGCAAUUUGAAUGAAGACAAUACCAGAAAUACAAUGGAAGAUUUUAAAGAUGGAAAUGAAAGUAUCUGUGAUAUUGAACCGUCUGUGGUUGUGAGUUGUAGUGAUACAAAUAAUGAUAAGGAAAAUAAUGAUAUUGCUAGAUGUGUUUCAGAAUCACCUAUAGAUUUUUGGAAAGAAUUAAGCUGUGAUGAUGUUCCAUCUAAAGUUCAUGUACCUGCUGAUGUUAGUAUAAGUAUCACCUUGCCUCCAAAGCAUUUAACAAAAUCUGGCUCAAGAUCACCUUAUGAUAAUCUCACUUCUGAGAGUGAUGAAAGUAGACCAGAAGAAAGUGAUUGUCAUUGGGAAGAUGAUUCAAGCAGUACAAGUGUACAAACAGUUAGAAUUGGUAAAUUAUCUGGUAGUGAUAAUUUUAGUGGAAGUGAAGUUGAAACUGCUGGAACAGCUGAUGAAGGUGAAGAGACAGAAAAAACAUUUGAAGUAAACAAAAUUGAAGAUUCAAAAUCAGAAGAAAAUACAAUCAAAGUAGAUGAAGAAGAAAAUUUGGAUGAUGAGCAUGAGAGAAUUCCUAUUGAAGACUUAUUGUAUGAUGACAGCUCCUCUAGUGAGGAUGAUGAAUCUACUUCUUCGAGUUCUUCAAGCAGCAGUUCAGAGGAAACUAGUGAGCAAAGCAAAGAAAUUGAUGAAACAGCAGCUGUGUCGUUGGAUAAUAGUAGAGCAGAGGAAAAAAUUGAUGAUGAUGUAUUCUUUAGUGAAAGUUUAAAAACAGAAGCUAAUAACCGAUUGUCUGUUGAGCAGAAACCAAGAAAGGCUCGUGGUAGCAGUUGCAAGUCACAAGACGAAAGUGAAGAAGAUGAUUCUGGUGUCACCUCAGAUAUGAGCAGGCAUAUUUCUGAAACUGACACAGAUCCAGAGUGUGGAAGUGAAUUAAGAAAGUUAACACCUUAUCAAAGAGCCAAUACUCAUUCUAGGCUAUUCAAGUUACUUCAAGAUGAAUGUAGCCAAGAAGAUGAUGAACUUAAUCAAACUACUACAAAUGAACGCAGCUGUGCAGAUGAUGAAUGUUUAAGUUCACUUAAAGAGAGAUUGUCACUACCUUUGCAAACUUCAAGUCUUAGUGAUCCUGAUAGUUUGUCCUCAUCAUCUGGCAUAAACUCUCCAUCUUCUCCAACUGUAAGUGAUAGGUUAGUCAGAGAGCUUGUACAGAGUUUGCUUCAAAAGAAGAAAGGAAGGCAUUUUAGAAAAUUACCAAUGGAUAAAUUGUAUGCUGCAGCUAUGAGGAUUCUUCAGGAAGACAUGGAUCCUUACGACACAGUCAGUUCAACAUCUGACGACAGUUUUCGACAUUCGCCCAUUAGUGAAUCGACUGCCAGCCAAACCAACAAUAACACUGCCAUUAAUCCUCCCAUACAAAACCAUGAAUUGUAUGGAGGAAACUAUUAUGAUUAUUGUGACUACUACAAUACUUGGGGCAACCCUUACUAUUACACUGGUGUAGAUGACAGUUUAGGCUAUGAUAUUCUUCCUUCACGUGCAUUUAGAUUAUUACAAGAACGUGCUCAAACUCCCCAUGGAUUUAGUUCAGGGGUGAUCGAAGGUCUCAUGGCUAAAUGCCCCAGGGUUUUGAGUUCAAAGGAUGUUCCUAGAGAUUUCAAUGAAACCACCUCUCCCAAUUCUUCCCCACAAGCCUCUUCCUCGUCUGAAACAUGAACUACCAGAAGGAACUCCCAUGGAUUUUAUCGGUUGGCAUUUGGAAAAAUGUCUUGAAUCAAAAAGUGCAGGUUGAUCACUCAAGAUCGAUCGGGUGAAUCAGAAUACUGAUUGCAAGAAAGGUGCUUUAGUUGAAUUAUUGUGUGCCGUUGCAAUUGCAAACUUUACUUCGUCAAGAACUGCUAAGAAAUAUUUUGUGUGAUAUUUCCUCAACCAGCUAUUGAAAUUAGCUGAUUAAUUUGUUUUAGUGAAAUGAAUUGGAUAUGUUUUAGGAGUUAUUUAAAAAAAUUACUACACUGUUAUUGUAGAAAUAGUAUGUACAAAUUUGAAGUCAAUUUUUGAAAUUUUUUCAUAUGAAGUAUUAAGUUAAUUUUGGCAGUUGAUUUUUUUAGCAUAAUUAAUUAUUGCAUUUCAUAAGUCAUUUACCCAUUUAUAUAAUUUGUUUUGAUGUUUUGUGUGCUGAAUUUUGAUAAAUGUUAUAUGUAGUACUCUCUACUUUUUAGAGCCCUUUUGUAAUUUUUUACACAUUUUAUAUUGAUUUGAGUACCAUUUUUAAUGUGUGUGGUGUGGUAUUUUGUUUUUAUGCCUGGAAAACUAAACUUAUACUAUUAUUAUUGCUAAAAGUUAGAUUUUUAAACAAGUACCUGCUAUCUGUGCAAACUUUUGUGUUUUACCUAACAAUAAUGUUUUAUAUUUUCUUGAAUUUUUCUCGGUUUAACUUUAAACAUAGCUUGUUGCUUCUUUCUCAUCUUUAAGAAUGUUUUGUAGUUUUGCUUUUUGAAAAUUGUUCACUUAAUUAAUCUGAGUACCUUUACCUUAAUUAAAGUAACAUAUGUAGAGUAAUUUUACUGUAUUUGUGUAAUUAAUAACACUUUUUUCAACUAUUACCUGAAAUACAUUAACUUUAUACUACCCUAUGAAUUAAAAGUAAGAUUUAGUUCUGUGAAAUAUAUCAAGCAGUUUUGAUAUUUAAAUAUAGUGAACUACAAAAUACUAAAUCUACGUGUACAAAUGUAACCUACACAAUGUUAUUUAUAUAAAUGAAAAUAUCAGCACAUAAAACGCCAAACAAAUUAUAUAAACCAUUACGGCCAUUAUUUUAUCGCAUAAUUUCUGUUUUUAUUUUAUAUGAUUACAUAGCAUAUAUAUAUAUCUGUAUAAUUAUGUAAACAACUGUGUAUAUUUCUUGUUGCAAUUUUUUUUGUUUAUGAAUUAAACAUGUUUAAUCCAAGGCUUUGCUUGUUGCAUAUUUUAUUUCACUUGUUAUUUUGUAAGAAUGUAUUGUAACCCUGUAUCAGUUGGUUCUAGUUCUAGUUAUGUUUAAUGUUGCAAAAUACUACAGUAAAGAGUUGUUAAUUUAAAUAAUAAAUUCAUUUUUGUGUUUAUAA